CCGAUUUUGGGCUCGCCUGCGCUUGUUUGCGUGAACGCGCACAUAGCUAUAGCUGGGAAGAUCUUCUAAGCAUGGCUGGCGACGGCGACGCGAUGGAGGUCGACGCUGAGGCGCCGGCGCCCGCCGCCGAGGCCACAGAGGCAGCAGAGGCAGCCGAGGCACCAGCACCCGCGCCAGCCGCCGCGGAGGAGGCGCCCGCAGCCGCCGCGGAGGCCCCAGCACCCGCGCCGGCAGCGCCCGUCAUCGAGGUCACGCCCGCCGGCCCGUCGCAAGACGAGACCUGCGAGGCCGCCGUCAAAGCCACUCUCGACGCGCCCGAUAAUGCGGGAGAGCGCAUCCGCAACGCGGCCUGGGCCGAGGCGCCGGACGACGUGGCGGACUGUGUAGAAUUAGCCGCUAGGCAACUCCUCUACGAAGCUCUAGAUAAAGAAGAUCAAACAACGGCAAAAAAAAUCGUCGCCGUACUCGUCGACCACACGGUCCAUUGCGAACAAUGUGGUGAUAGAGGUCCGGUCCUGAACGUGGCCCAUAAACUCCUCGAGGACUGUAUUGAUGCCGCACCGUCGACGAACGCUGAUGGUUGGUGGGAUCUUGUUGAGUCUCACAAAGGAGCAUUGACCGAGAACCCAGCUAUUUUCAAGGCCGGCAAGUUCAUCUUGUUACGGUUAUGCAACUCCCUCCUGAAACGAUUAUCCAGAACGAGGCAAGCGACGUUGUGCGGACGAAUUUUAAUGUUCAUGGCGGCCGCGUGGCCUCUGUCCGAGAAGUCGGCCCUGAACAUGAAGGGCCUCUGCCACACGGAUAAUGUGACGGAGUUCGAGAGUGCAGACCAGUUCGACGCCCAGAACGCCGACGACGACUUCGACGACGCCGGCGACGGCGCGCCCAAGGAGGACUACGACACGUAUUCGGGCUUCUGGUCCGUGCAGAAGUACCUGUCUAAUCCCCCGUCCUGCUUCAAGGACGUCAAAGGCUUUCUUGCAGCUGUUGAUGUCACUUGUAGUGCUCUUGAGAGAACAGCAUGUACGCCUGAUGAAUUCGAGCGGGAGCGGGCCGCGAUGGUCGAAAGGCAGGCUCAACCUAUGAAUGUGGAGCCCGAGGACGAUACGCAGCAAAUGCUCGGCUCCCAGAAAUAUUUAACGAAUUCUCGGUUACUCAGGAUCCAGUUACGAGAUCCGCAGCUACGGACCCAGGUCUGUUCGCAGCUCUACAUGGUCUUGGAUUAUCUGAGGAGAGAACUAGAGUCCAUGAACGCUAGAGAUUGGGCCUCGGAGCCGAAAGCAAGAGUGCGAAAGAUCCUGGCCGGGACGCCGCCGACCGGCCCGGAGGCGGCCGGGAGUCUAGACUUACUCUUAGAGCACGAGGUCCAGUGGGCCGCCUGGAAGAAGAAGGGCUGCCCGCCCUUCGAGAAGGAGCCGCUACCCGAGAAGCCCAAGCAGAAGCGGCCCUACUACGCGCCUCCACUGCCAGAAGUCCUCAAGAGGAAACAAGCUAGAAGGGACGCUCUAGAAAAGAAGCGGAAAGACGAGGAGCCUCCCUUGGAGGAGAAGUGCCGUAGAUUAGCCUCGCAGAUCCCCACGCUCAAGGAACACCUCCAGGAGUGGCGCGACGCCGACGACCCCGCCGAGGAUAUUGAUGAUGAAUAUCACCCGAGGCACGACCCGGUCUGGAAGUUCCGCGCUUUACGCUUGGUCAUGAAGGAGAAGCUGCCCUGGUUCGCGGACAUGCACGACGCGAACAUCGAGGUCGCCGUCGACAAGAUGUUUCCCGACCGGCCGAAGCGGACCGACCGGCCGGCGCCGCCGCCGCCGCCCCCUAAACCCGUGGUGAAGAAGAAGCGGGUGCGCGAGGAAUCUCCUCCUAAGGAGGAAGAUGCGAAACGUCGUAAGGACGACCGCGACGAGUCGCCGCGGAGCCGGCGGGAGCGGUCGGCGCGCGACCGCCCGGAGCCGCGCGGCCGCGGCGCGGAGACGGCGCGCGGCGGCCGCAAGUCGCCCGACGAGUCCAAGAAGGGCGGCUUCUCGGACAAGCGGGACGCGCGCGACCGGAAGGAGCGCGACGACGACAAGCCGCGCGGCCGCGGCGCCCGGGCCGCCGACGACAAGCCUCGGGGCCGCGACGACGACGCCAAGGCCCGGGCGCCGCGCGGCCGCGGCGCCGACGAGUCGCGCGAGCGGUCCAAGAAGGCCGACGACGACAAGCCGGCGCGCGGACGCAAGGAUAAUGACGACAAGCCCCGGGGGCGCGGCGCCGACGAGUCGCGGGAGCGCUCCAAGAAGGCUGACGACGACAAGCCGGCGCGCGGCCGCGACGACAAGCCUGCGCGGGGCCGCGGCGCCGACAAGGACUCCAAGCGCGACGACAAGAAGGCUGAGGCACCAGCGCCGGCGCGCGGGCGCAGCGACGACAAGCCCCGGGGCCGGGGUGCCGACGAGUCGCGCGAGCGGUCCAAGCGCGACGAAAAGGACUCCAAGCGCGACGACAAGAAGGCCGAGGCGCCGGCGCCGGCGCGCGGGCGCAGCGACGACAAGCCUCGCGGCCGCGGCGCCGACGAGUCGCGGGAGCGCUCCAAGCGCGACGACAAGGACUCCAAGCGCGACGACAAGAAGGCUGACGACGACAAGCCGGCGCGCGGGCGCAAGGCCGACGACGACAAGCCUGCGCGCGGCCGCGGCGCCGACGAGUCGCGGGAGCGCUCCAAGCGCGACGACAAGGACAAGGACAAGGACGCCAAGGCGGGCGCCAAGAAGGCCGAGGCGCGCGACGAGAAGAAGGACUCGUCGUCGCGCGACCGGCGCCGCGACGCCAAGGACGACGACAAGGCGUCGCCGCGCGACCGGCGGCGGGCCAAGAAGGACGACGACGAGGCCAAGCCCAAGGCGCGCGGCCGCGGCGCGGCCGAGGACAAGAAGCGGGGGCGCUCGCCGGAGAAGGAGGACAAAAAGCGGGGCCGGAGCCCCGAGAAGAAGCGCGGCCGCUCGCCGGAGAAGGACGAGCCCGCGCGGAAGCGGGGCCGCGGCGGCGAUGACGCGCCGCCCGCGCGGCGCGGCGGGCGCGCGCCGGCGCCGGCGCCGACCCGACAAACGCGGCCACGCGGCGGGCGCGGGCGCGGGCGGCGCUGA